AAUGGCAAUUGUAUUCCAGUUCAUAAUUAUACUAUUUUCUUUAUUUUUUCUAAUGUACUUUACUUUCACUUGUGCCCAUGUUAUACCCAAAUUGCCUUCUUCAGCAGUUAGUCCAGAGUUACAGCAACGUUCUAUUUCUGCUCAAAAUGGCCUUUACAGAACAAAGUUUUUCACCCAAAUACUUGAUCAUUUCAAUUAUAAUCCACAGAGUUAUCAAACAUUUCAACAAAGGUAUCUUAUCAAUGAUACCUAUUGGGGUGGUGCCAAAAAGAAAGCUCCAAUCUUUGUCUACAUGGGAAAUGAAGGGGACAUACAAUGGUUCGCACAAAACACUGGCUUUAUGUUCGAAAUAGCACCCUAUUUCAAUGCCAUUUUGGUUUUUAUUGAGCAUAGAUUCUAUGGAAAAUCAAUUCCAUUUGGAGGCAAGAAGAAGGUUGCAUAUGCAAAUAGCAGUACACUUGGAUAUCUUAGUUCUGCACAAGCUUUGGCUGAUUAUGCCACUCUUAUCAUUGACCUCAAGAAAAAUUUGUCAGCAACUGAGUCCCCUGUUGUUGUGUUUGGAGGAUCCUAUGGAGGAAUGCUGGCUGCUUGGUUCAGGAUGAAGUAUCCACACGUUGCAAUUGGAGCUUUAGCAUCAUCAGCUCCAAUCCUCCAAUUUGACGAUUUGGUUUCACCAUAUGCCUUCGACAAUAUCAUCACACAAGACUUCAGGAGUGAGAGUGAAAAUUGUUACAAAGUGAUAAAAGGGUCAUGGAAUUUGAUAGAAGAAACAGCCAAAAAACAUGGAGGACUAGAAUUACUAAGGAAAUCAUUCAAAAUAUGCAAUAAUUAUAUAGGAGUAGAUGCUUUGGAAGGUUGGCUUGGCCAGGCUUGGAUUUACACAGCCAUGACAGAUUAUCCAACACCAACCAAUUUCUUGAGUCCCUUGCCAGCAUAUCCAGUGAGAAAGAUGUGCGAGGCUAUUGACAGCUCAGUGACGGGAAAGAAUACAUUAGAGAAGUUGUAUGAUGCUGCAAGUAUAUACUACAACUAUAGUGGUACCUCUAAGUGUUUCGAUUUAAAUGAUCAUUCUGAUCCUCAUGAUCUUGGAGGAUGGCAGUGGCAGGCCUGUAGUGAGAUGAUAAUGCCCGAAGGUGCAAGCAGUAAGGAAAGCAUUUUCCCGGAAUCUAAGUGGUCAGUCAAAGACAGAAAUGCAUACUGCAAAUUUGCCUACAACGUAGUACCAAGACCCAACUGGAUUACAUCAGAAUUUGGUGGCCAUAAUAUUGAAAUAGUUCUCAAAAGAUCUGUGGGAAACAUCAUAUUUUUCAAUGGUUUAAGAGACCCUUGGAGUGGUGGAGGAGUGUUGAAGAAUAUAUCAAAAACUAUAAUUGCUAUAGUUGCUAAAGAAGGAGCUCAUCAUGUGGACCUAAGGUACUCAACUAAGGAAGAUCCAAAAUGGCUUAAAGAUGUGAGGAAACAAGAAGUAAAGAUUAUUGAAAGUUGGAUCUCCCAAUACCAUCAAGACCUAGCUACAAAAUAGUGUGAAAAAUUAAGGAUCUGUUGCUUGUUAUGUCUGAUAAAUUCGAGGCAAUAAUUGCUGUGAAAUAAAAACAAUGCAUAAAUUAUCAUCGAAAAUCUAUUUAUCUAAUAAUUGUGCAAAUGUGAAUAUAUGUGUAUGUACACAUACAUACAUCUAGCUAUGGAUGAAAAAGUUGCAACAAGAAAAAAA